AUGUCCCUUGGUGUCGGCAUCCAGUCCGUAAUCUUCUACGUCCUAUCCUGCAGCGCCUGCUCCAAGAUCUCCCACCGCCACAAAGCCAAAGUCGAAGCGAAGCGCGAGCGCGCCGAAAAGAGGAAGCUGGAAACAGACCAACCGGGUCUAUACCACCACCCGUCGCCAUUCAACACGAAUCCCUUCUGGGAUGAGGAAAUCACACUGGGUCCUGGCCCAUCGAGUCGGAAGAACGGGAGCAAGGACACGAGUUCGAGAGCGCUGCAUACCGCGGGGAAUGCGAGCAGUAUAGCGGCUAGCGUGGCGCCGAGUUCGCAGGCGCCGAGUAGUCCAACGAUAGUCCCAGAUGACCAGCGAUUGAGCGGGGGUGACUGGAACCGCAAGCGGUACCAGCGCGAAGACGAAGAGCUCUGGGGCGUCGACACAAUCAAAGCCGGACAACGGCGUGUACGCGACGCCUUUGCCACGGCGCAGGUCUCUGUCGGCUCAAAGCUGCGAGCUAUGGAGGAGCGGCUGGGCAAGUUUGGAACAGUCAAGGAGGAGGACACGCAUCCGUACUACGUGUCGCGCAACCCUCCCGUCAACGACCUGCAUCCUCCCGUCGUGAGCAGCCAUCCGUUCCAGAAGGGCGGGAUGCGCUGGAUGAUGCAGCCGCCGCCGUCGGCGAGCGUUAUGUCGGGGAAGCAGCAUCCGUCUGCGAGUAGUAUCUCGAUUCCGCGCAGUCGCAGCGGCAGCAGAGCUAGUACGCUACCACCGAGCACGCCGAAUCUGAAUCGUCAGGUUACUGGGCGCGUGGUGGAGGAGAAGCUGCGCAGGGGCGAGACGCCGUCGGAUGCGGAGAUACGCGUGCUGUCGCGGUAUAUUUCGGGCGCGAAGACGCUUAGCUCUGUGAAAUCGCUGGAGCCGCUGCAGAGGGUUAGUCGGACGAGGAGCUACUCCUCGAGCGAUGCGGAGGAUGAGAGUGAAGCCCCCAGCCCGAGUAGAGGAGGGAACGGGUAUAAAAGCGAAGAAAACAGACAGGGUAAGCUGUCGCCGAUCUUCUCGUCGGCGGCGCAGAGGAGGGUGAGCCAGGAUUCGAUUGAGGAUGUGGCACUGGCUAGUGGUGAGGGGGGGGUGGCACCAGCGGUGUCAGGAUCGAAGAAGGGGAAGGCGGAGAGGAGGAAGAAGGAGCGCAGCUGGAGGGAGAGGCCGACUAGUCCGCAGAGCUGA